CGUUUACGUCGCUGCUCUCGCGAUAAAUUCCAUACCUUUGCCGUGAAACACGCAUAAGAAAAGCCGAAGUCUGCUGGGUUUGAGAACAACUUCUCACAGGAAAUAUGAGUGUAACACUCACACAGGGGGCGGUUGAAGCCCUGUUCAAAGGUGUACAGGUGAACAACCCUGUGCUGCAGCUGCUGAGCAUCCGUCAGAUCAGUACAACCUCAGGCCCACCCAGGUUCCGGCUUCUGAUGAGUGAUGGUCAGCACUCUUUGUCAUCCUUGCUUCUGGCCACACAGUUGAACUAUCUGACAGAGCAGAACCUCCUGGUACCAAACUGUGUGUGUUUGCUGAAGAAGACCAUCAUCAACACAUUGGCAGAUGGAAGACAUGUGGUGAUUGUGAUGGACUUGGAGAUAUUACAGUCGGCUGAGGAAACUGGAGGAAAGAUUGGAAAUCCCACUCUAUAUAGCGCAGAUGGUAAGAAUUCAUCUCCAAAGAAGGUGUCUUCAAGUACAUCUGUUUCAGCUUCCCCUCCAUCUGCAGCAGUACCUGGAACCUCCUAUAGCAGCAGCAACACAGCCUUUUCUGCUUCGGGAGGUCGAGGAAGAGGAUUUACUGGAAAAGCACCCAUGAACGCUUCGCCCAUGAACGCUUCGCCCAUGAAGACUUCGCCCAUGAAGACUUCGCCCAUGAAAGCUUCACCCAUGAAAGCUUCACCAAUGAAAACUUCACCAUUGAAAGCCACCAGCACUUCUCCAGGUUCGACAGCAAAAGCAAUGCCCAUUGCUAACCUCAACCCUUACCAAAGCAAGUGGACUAUCAGAGCCAGAGUCACCAACAAGUCCAACAUCCGCACGUGGAGUAACUCUAGAGGAGAGGGCAAGCUCUUCUCCUUUGAGAUAGUGGAUGAAAGUGGAGAAAUCAAGAUCACUGCCUUCAACAACGAAGUGGACAAGUUUUUCUCUCUAGUGGAGCAAGGCAAGGUGUACUACAUCUCCAAGGCGACACUUAAGGUGGCUAACAAACAGUACACGACGCUGAAGCACGAGUACGAGAUGACCCUCCACGCUAAUUCAUCCAUUAUACCAUGUGAUGACAGUCAGGGUGUCCCCACACUCAACUGUGACUUUGUGCCCAUCGCGGAGCUGGAAAACAGAGACAAAGAUGCUAUCAUUGAUUUGAUUGGAGUGUGUAAGAGUGCAGAGGAUGUAUCCCGUAUCACCACUAAGUCCAGCAGAGAAGUCUCCAAGAGGGCCCUCAGCCUAAUAGACACAACCGGCAAAGUGGUGACAGUCACACUGUGGGGAGAGGAGGCGGAAAAGUUUGACAGCUCUGGGCAGCCUGUGGUUGCCAUCAAAGGAGCUCGCUUGUCUGAUUUUGGGGGCAGAUCUCUCUCUGCUUUGUUCAGCUCAACAGUCAUGGUCAACCCAGACAUACCAGAGGCCUUUAGACUGAGGGCGUGGUAUGACCAGGAAGGCUAUGCAUUCGACAGCCAAUCACUGACAGAGACGAGGUCAUCAGUUAGUGGAUCAAGGAUGAACUGGAAAAUGCUGAGUGAUGUUAAGAGUGAAAGCAUGGGACACGGAGAGAAGGCAGACUAUUUCAGCUGCAUAGCAACAGUGGUGUACAUACGUAAGGAGAAUUGUCUGUACCAGGCCUGUCCAUCUGCAGACUGCAACAAGAAAGUCAUUGACCAACAGAAUGGACUGUACCGCUGCGAGAAGUGUAACCGAGACUUCCCCAACUUCAAAUACAGACUCUUACUUUCUGCCAACUUAGCAGACUUCGGGGAUAACCAGUGGGUGACAUGCUUCCAGGAGACGGCUGAGGUCCUGUUGGGCCACAGUGCAGAAACACUGGGACAGCUUAGAGACACAGAUGAAGAUGCAUUAGAUGAAGUCUUCCAGAAAGCCACCUUCAGAACUCACAUCUUUAAAAACAGAGCCAAGCUGGAGACGUACAACGACGAGAGUCGAGUGAAGGUAACUGUGUUGGAAGUCCUACCAGUCAACCACAGGGAAUACAGCAGGAGGUUGCUCAGUAACAUCCACAAAUUGGCGAGCUGAACUGGGUCCCAGUCAUCCAAAUGGCUGCCUGGUAAUUAAACAUGACUUCAGUUGGUCUGUGACUGGUCUGUGACUGGUGUUCGACUUUUGCCGCCUGCGAGAUAACAGCGUAUCUGACUGAAGCAGCAGAGGGGCGACCAGUGAUUCAUCUGACUUAAUGGCAGCCAAACAAAAGACUGAUAUUUAGUUGUUCACGUCCUUCACCAGGCCCGCUGUGAAAUUACGGAAACAUUAUGGAAAUGACUUUUACCUUUUAAUUUAAUGCCAUUUUGACAUUUUAGAGUGGUUUGACUGUUCGUUAACAGAACUGUGUUUUAGACCUGCUUGCAUUUUCAAGUCUCACGUGUUGCAUACAUGCUAAAAUCACACUGUUUCUGUUUCUUUAUAGAAGUGACUCACGUCUUUGGUUUUAAUGUGUGUUGGUGAUGCUCAGUGUUAGUUGCGUAAGAUGUAGAUGAGUCAUAUUCAUUUCAUUUUUGGUUUGUUUUUAAAAGGAAGGUGUGGCAAAUGUCUUCUGCUUGUUCAAAGAAUAUUUUUAAAAUAACGUGUUCAAUCUUGCAUUCUGGGCUUCUAAAAAAAAUGUCUAGCAAGAAAAGUGAUUAAAAGGACAUUAAGAUAAAA